AUGGACAGUAACAAUGAAUAUGAAAUAGUCUUAAUCGAAAAUGAAAUAGAUGCUCGUUUAUGUGCUGAAUUACUUGCAGAAGAAUUUGCAUUACACAAUCCUUUGUCGAUUGCUAAUCAGUCAACAGCACAACGCAUAUUUAAUACAUGGUUGUCGCCAUUAAUAAAAGAUGCACUUGACGAAAAACUAUCAUUCUUAGUAAGAUGUCGUUUGACGAAUGAAAUUGUUGCAGCAAUUAUUGGUAUGGAUCUAUUUGGGUAUUGUGAAAAACAUCCGUAUGAUGCUUCUAGCCCUGCAUCUAGUAAUCCUACGGCAGAUUUAUAUGACGAACUACGUGAUCGAUUUGUUCAUCAUGAUUUGGAGCAAAAAUUAAAACCAAAUAUGGUCUUAUAUAUUGCAGUUGGUGCAACACAAGCUCAACAUUCAAAUAAAGGUAUAGCUGCUAGAUUACGUGCUUAUCUAUGUAAUUAUGCACGAGAUACAAAAGGAUUUCAGUAUGCAUUUGUACAAACUGGUAGUCCAGCAACACGUCAUAUUUACGUAAAUAAAAUGAAUGGUAAAGAGUUGACAAUUGUUGAUCCAGCGACAUGGAUAUGGAAGAGAAAGGGUGACGGUUUAUCAUGUCCGCUGAAACAUUAUAAAGGAGAUCCAGCCGUAAAUAUUCUCGUAGAAUUACAAAAACAAUAG